CCGCCGCAUAAAAGCCGCGGUCGCUAAGCGCUCCGCUUCCUCGGCUCGGCUGGGUCCGGCGCGGAGCCGCUCCGACGGCCAGAUGACAGCCGAGAGCCGGCUGCCGCCGGGCCCCCCGCCGCCGCCCCCGCUGCUGAAGGCGGACGCGGUGCCGCCGGGAGAGGAGGCGGCAGCGGCGGCAGGGGCGCGGGGCGGACGGCGGCGCCGCAAGCGUCCGGCGGAGCGGGGCAAGCCGCCGUACAGCUACAUCGCCCUCAUCGCCAUGGCCAUCGGGCAAGCGCCCGAGCGGCGACUGACGCUUGGCGGCAUCUACCGCUUCAUCACCGAGCGCUUCCCUUUCUACCGCGACAGCCCCCGCAAGUGGCAGAACAGCAUCCGCCACAACCUCACCCUCAAUGACUGCUUUGUCAAGGUGCCACGGGAGCCCGGCCGCCCCGGCAAGGGCAACUACUGGACGCUGGACCCUCACGCCCGCGACAUGUUCGAGAGCGGGUCCUUCCUCCGCCGCAGAAAACGUUUCAAGCGCAGCGACCUCUCCACCUACCCGGCCUUCCUCGCCGAGCGCCCCGUCGCUCCCUGCCGCCUCCUCCCGCUGCCCGCCCCGCCGCCCCCCGCCGACCUGCCCCAGGCACCCGCCGCCGCUUCCUGCGCCUUCGCCGCCGCCUUCCCCGCGCAGGGCUGCGCCUCCGCCGCCCUGCCCCACGCCUAUGCCCCGCUGCCCACCGCUCCCGGGCCGUACGCGCCCGGAGGCCACGGGCCGCUGUACGCGCCGUCGGGGCGCAUCGUGCUGCCCGCCUCUUCGCCCGGCAACUCUUCACCCUACGGCCGCCGCUCCCCCGCGCCCUACCCGCCGCUGUCGCACGCCUACGGCGCCGGAGGGCAGCUGAGUGCCGCCGAGCCCGCACCGCGGCACUGCGCCUAUCCCGGAGGCCCCGACAGGUUCGUCCCGGCGCUCUGACCCACCCUGGAGAGGCCCGACAGCGCGGACCGGAGCCCGAGAGACGGCCGUCUGCGGGGGUCGCCCGGCACAGCUGCUCCUGGCGCUGCCCGGGAAGAUGCUGAAGAACCGUGGGCUGCACCUAUGCAUUUUGCCAUCUGCCCAGGCUUCCUGGCGAGGAGUGUCACAGUCAGCCUGGGGACCUGGGGUGUCCUGUGCAGCCUGUCCGCUCUCGGCAGAAAAAUCCUAGGGACUCCCAAGUGCUUGGAUGGGACAAGCAGUCUUUUCCUCUUCUACAGCCUUUCCUGGGGCAGGUGCUCAAAGCUUUCUGCCAGGCUUCCACCGCCCUGGCACACCCAAAUGGACCCUUUCUAGUCUACCCAGGAAGAUUUCACGUUUAAAAAUCUCUCUGCUGUUGAUGGUUUUUUUAUUUUUUAGACCAUUAAAUGUCUGUUGAUGAGGUAAAGGGGGGAGGCAAGAGGAAGCAUUCCCUGGCCUCGUGCAGGCAAAGUGGUAAAAAUAGAAUGUGUGACAGUGACGUGUGUCACUGUAGUGUGGCAUGUCCCUGAUGGCUAUUGCACUAGCCCUAGGGUUUACACCAGCAGUGUGGUCAAGGCUGGAGAAGGUUUGGAUGCCAGGGCUGCAGAAAAAUGCAUCAAGUCACAUUCUUCCAGGUGUUGUGCUCUGUGCUGCAGGGGUGGGAACAGCAGUGGGAUUGGAAAUACAAAGAUUUCUACCACGAGCAUGCCCACCCCCUGUAGGAGGGACACAUGGAGGCUGUGGGACCUCUGCCUUUGGAGGUCUUUCCAGCUUGACUGGACAGAGCCUGAUCUGCCUCUGAAGUUGUAGCCAUCAUUGAAUUUGGACUUGUUUUGAGUGGAGACCUAAUCCUGAGGUCUGCAGAGGUACUUACAGCCUAAAUUACUUUGAUCCCAAGAUCAACCCAGCUCUGUCUGUAGCCUAGAGAAAUUGGCAUAUAUGGGAGAAAAUUUUUGUUUCUGGAACACAAGAGGGAGGUUAUGGUGCCUUUUCAUCUGCAGUUGCUCCACUUUCAAGCUUUCCUGGGAUUGAAAAGAGCCUAGAGAAAGAUGGAGAUAGAACAACUAAUAGGAAUGUCUGUGAGACAAAAGCUUGAAACUGCAUCAAUGGGGAAGCUCAAGCAUACGCCUCCCAACAGAUCUCACUGCCCUGGAAAGGGGUCUGGAGCUGUAAUGGAUACCCCGGGCUCUGCUUGGGGCUGUGGCUGUAGAGGGAGCUGACAUAUCCCUGCUCCCAGGUGUUCUUAUACAGCUCUUUUUUCCCGCAGAGGUGGGGAAUGUGUGUGUCCACAGGCCAGGAGGAGGUUGGUGAGAAGAUCCUGGUGGGGCCUUGUAUGGGGAGAAGGAGUGAGAAAGUGCAGCCAGAGCCUCAGCAAGAGCUUUGGAAAAACAGACAGGGUGCAAAUACACCAGAGUCUUUCACACUAGGGAAGGGUAUAGAUCAUAGUAUAACUUAGGUGGAAAAGAUGUUGGGAAUUUUCUGUUCUAAUCUGUUGAAUUUUUUAUUGGGAAUUUUCUGUUCAAAUCAGGGUCAGCUAUGACUCAGACCAGUAGGCUCAACCCUAUGUAAUUGAGUCUUUGUCACCUCCAAGAAUGGAGACAGCACAGUCUCUUUGGGCAACCUGGGUGUCCUUGUGAGGGGGAGAAGUUUCUUCUUGUACCCUCCAUUUAGCACUUCUCUAGUCUCAUUUCUUGUUUACUGUCUCUUGUCCUGCUGCUGUGCUUUGCUGCAAAGAGCUUUUGAUCCAUGAAGACACCUGUACCUUCUGCUCUGCAUUUUUCAGAUGAGGUCCUCAGCAGGAAGAAAUUCAACUUGUGGGUCCGCAUAUCCAGGUGGGACAUGAGAGAGGAAAUGGAGUGGAGCAGGAAGGUGGUUGAGUGUCCUCACAGCACAGCUUGGUGUGCAGAAGAGUAAAGCCCUCUGCAGUAGGCAGGCAGAAGUUAAAUGUCUGCCUUCUGUGGGGCUGUGAGGUAGGACAUAAGUUUUGGAUUCAAGGGUGCAAAGUGCCAGGGGUGGCAUGUGAUAAGCCAGCUCCUGGGCUAGAAGGAGACUGAGACUGACCUGAUAGCACUGUCGUGUGUCCAUGUAGACAUGUCUGUGCCACUGCAGGAAGCUGCUGUCCAUACACGGAGCUGGGGAGGCUGCUCCGUAUAUGGAGCCAGUGGGGGUGGGCACAGACAACAAGCGUAAGCACGACUCAACUCUUUGGUGUGCUGAGGUCAGUCAGAUUUUUCCUUUCCUAUCCUUUCUGAAGAGCUACGUUGUACUUCCUUGUUCUUCAUGGUCCUGGCACAUCCAGAAGCUGCUACCAUGCUGGAGAGAGCUGUCUCAGCCAGAGGCAGGUCUCCCUAGCAGCUGUGCUAACACCUCUCCCAACUUUCCCUUCACCAUCUGGAAGAGGCUCUCUAAACCUAGCUGUGCCAGCUCUUAGUAUUUUUGACAGCUGCUGGCGCUGCUUUCAUUGCCUGCAAGGACUGCAAUGCCAGCAGCAAGCCACGCCAAUCUCUUGCUCAUUUGGGGGUAGCUGGGAGAAGAACUGUGUCCUGCCUUUAAAUGCUUUCUUUCCUUCCUGUAGAAGCAGUUAUCAAUGUGGACUAGAUAAUUUUCAUAGAAUCAUAGCAAUGCUGAGUUGGAAGGGACUCAUCAGAAUCAUCAGGCCCAGCUCCUGUCCCUACACAGGGCACCCCAAGAAUCACACCAUGUGCCUGAGAGUGUUGUCCGAAUGCUUCUUGAACUCUGUCAGGCCUGGUGCUUGCUCCAUGGGGAGCCUGUUCCAGUGUUCAGCCACCGUCUGGGGUGAUACCCAACCUAAACCUCCUUUCAUGCCUCCAUGAAUCUUGUCAUUGGUCAUGAGAGUGAAGAGCCUAGAUGUCUUCUGGCCCGUGUUCCCUUCAUUUUGUUCUCUGCUUCAGCCCUUGUGCUAGUUUAGAGUUCAGUCUGAAAAAAGAUCACCAGUGAUGAUACAGGUUUUGUGGAAGAUGCUUCUGAGCUCAGAUAGCAGGCAGUUCAGGGAGCAAAACUCAGUGUCUGAAGGACAAGCCUGACAGAGCUAGGUGACUUAAAAUGCACAGAUUGGGUUGUUUGCCGAGAAGGUCUAGAUGCUUGUUCUUGAUUCUCUCCAGAUCUCUUACACCUACAAACUAGGGAAACCGGGCAUAUUUAGAUGGUAAAUUUUUUGCAGCAAGUACAGUGAUAAGCUUGCUGCAUCAAGAACCUAAGACAUGGUCAAAAACUGCAUAAGAAAGACAUGGUCAAAACCUGCAUCUAGAAAGCUAGAAACCCUGGGCAGGACUGUGAAGAGCUACUGGGACCAUUCAAGGGACUCUAUAUCUGUGUGGCAUCUGUGCUUCAAGGUUUUUGAGGUAAAACCAGACAAAGCUAAACCUGCCCCUUGCUAGUGCUGGCAGUCCUCCAACCUCCCACUUGAAGCAGGCCUGAAAACUCCAGCAGUCCCUUCCCACCAGCACUGCUGUGGUUUUGUGGCUCCUCCAGCCUCUCUGAGUUGUUGUGUGGGCUCAGGUGCCAAGGGUGCGCUGAGCACUGCAGGUCUGUCCAGGCUGUGCCUUGUGGCACUGAGAUGUGCUGGCCCUGUGCCCACAUGUGACGUGGGACUGCCUGACCACUGACAGAGGAAGAUACGCUUGUCCUGUCCUUGGGGAGCCAUGGGGUUGGGUCUCUGUGAGGAUAUGGGGAUAUGCCAAGGGGAUAUGUUAGACAAUUUGAUCUCAGUAUAUGCUUGUGCCAUGGGGAUGUUAAACAUGUGGAUCUCAAUGUGUUUUUGUCUGGCACGUUGCUUGUAAUUCUCAAGUGUCACCAAGAAUAAGAAAAAAAUUGAUUUCUGGAAGUUCUAUUGUAAAUACCUAAGAGCCUUCCUUUUAGCAAAGUUAGUCUAAGUUUCAAACUACUCUUUUGAUUUCUGUCAGAAGAGUCCAAUAAAUCUGGAUUGUAAACCUGUAGGAAACUCUUACAUGUAAGCACUGAUGAGAAGAGAGAGGGGCCUUGAAAGUACUCAUUCCUCAAAGGACAGAGCCUCUUGAUUCCUCUUCUGCCCAAGUUUUGGUAUAGUCAGGCCCUGAGUAGACUUUGAGAAAGAAGUGGACUAUACAGCCUAGGAGAAUAUUAUUUUCUAUAUUGGAGAUUUUUUUUUUGUAUUUACU